UUAUAUGUGUGUCCCCAGGCGAUGAUACCAAAGAAAUAGUUGUAAAAAUGCAUAGAACAAUUGUGAAACCAAAUGAACCAGAAACCCAGACAAUGACACAUUUUUCAUCUGGUUUAGAAACCAGUAAUAUGUCAGACUAUUAUCAAACUGGUCAUCAGACCCCUUCAAGGCAAUAUCAGCUGGACAGACGUGUAAGACAUAAUAGUCCUCCUCUGCAACGCCAGAGACCACCUAACAGAGAUAACGUUAAUGCUAGUAUACCAUUAUCCUCAAAAUCAUCCAGUGGACUCCCUACAAAGACUGAGCUAGAGCCAAUAGCUACACAGGAAACUCCUGGAGGCCGUCUAGUGCCGACCCAAGAGGAUACUGGGGGACCAACUGAACCUACACAAGGCUUUAUGAUAAAAGAUGAGCCAAUAUCAUCUCCUAUAGGCCAGAAGCGCCACCUAUCCAAUUCCAAUGAUACUAUAGAAGAACCUACCACUCCUGACCACUCUGCUGCGAAACAAGCUAAACUUGCCACCCAAGCUUCCACAUCUACUCUGAUAACUAGUAUAAACCAAAACAUUGACAGUGCAAAUAUAAAACAAGAAGAGCCUAUCACAAUUGAACUUGGUGAUGAGGAAGAUGACGAUGAUGGUGGUUAUAAUGGAGAUACAACCGCAGGUGCUAGUUGGAUGCCGGAUGAUUCUCAAGACGCAACUUCUCAAGAUAACAUGGCUGAUCACAGUGCAGGUAACAUCUACUCUGAGAAGCAACAAUACACACAGCACCCUCCCCCGAUUGAGAUGCCCCCCUCUGCCCUAACCUGUGUCCGGGCAUCCUCACAGAAAGCCAUACUUGCAAAGAUACACCAGUGCCACCUAUGUUUGAAAUCAUUCGCCACAAAGCAGAAUCUCAGCUACCAUAUCAAUAUUCACAUGGGGCAGCGCCCUUUUAAGUGUGAGUUUUGUGAUCAGGCUUAUGCCCAUCCUGGGAAUCUCAUCAAACACAAGAAGCAGAAAGGACAUGAGAUAUCUCUUUCUUUCACACCGGCCAUGUAAAAUCAGAAGGGAUUCAUUGAAGAAGUAUGUUUUAACUGUAAGUUGAAAUCGAGUGCUCCACUCCUUGGUUGGAAUUGACAAUACUGAACCAAUUUCAAUGCCAUGAUUAAAAUAUUGAACAAUAAUUCAUUCUCACAUAAACAAGGAAUUCAUUUAGAUGAAUUAUGGAUUCACCUAGAUAACAAAGAAUCCCCCUAGAUGAACAUGGAACUCAUGACAACGAACAUGAGAUUCUCUAAGAUCAACAUGGAAUU